UUUAUUGUGGGCGGGUAUAAGAACUGUUCCAGGCGCGCGGGAUAUAAGCUGCCAUUUUUUGUUUUCUACCUUUUGAAUCACUUGUGCUUUUCGUGAGACGGUAGUGGGCUGCUAAUCAUGCCUGAGGAAACCGCAACACUUUCGACUGGGACGGAGAAAACAGAGGAUACAGCCACUGCUCCUUCAACUUCUGCAGACAAGGCCGAUGGAAUGGAUAUAGACACUGAAGCAAAGAGACUGAUGGGUGCUGGCCAAAGACAUCUUGUCAUGAAGGAUGUACGUUCUUCUGUGACUUCAUUUCAGGAAGCCAGCAGCCUUCUUGCAAAGAAGUAUGGCGAGACUGCAGAUGAAUGUGCUGAAGCCUUCUAUUCAUAUGGAACUAGUCUUCUUGAACUGGCACGAAUGGAGAAUGGUGUUCUGGGGAAUGCGUUGGAAGGAAUGCCCGAGGAUGAAGAAGAGGGAGAAAAAGAGGAAGAUGCCAAUAUUCCGAGUGCAGAUAAUCUAGAUGAGAAAGAAAGGGAGCAGUUGAGGGAUCAGGUUUAUGAUGCAAUGGCUGAAGAAGAGAGAGCCCCAAAAGAAACAUCUGAGUCUGAAGCAUUGGGGAAGCCCAAAGACGAAUCAAAGCCUAUGGACACUGAUGAGCAAAACAAGCCUGUAGAAGAUAAAAUGAAGAAUGGCAAUAUGGAAACAGGAAAAGUAACAGAUGGCUUGAAAUUGGAAAGUGUAAAUCGGGAUGUUUCAAUGGAUGAGUCUGAGAAAGGUGAAGUGCCUGAGAGCAAAAAUGCACCAACUCCUGGAGAGCAUACAGAACAGAAAGAGAAGAGUGAGCCCAAAGAGUCUAAAGCUCCAGAAAAAAAGGAUACUAAGGACACUGCAAAUCAGUCCCCAGACUCCACAGAAGUAGCUGAAGAGAGAGCCCAUACUGACACAGCCGAGAAGAUGGAUUCUGAAGCUUCAGCAAAAACUGAAGAAGGUGCAAGCAUAACACCUACUGGAAAUGAAGCAAGCAAAUCUGAAGAUCCGGAAAAGAUGAAGGGCGAAGAAGAGGAAGGGGAGGACUCUGAAGAAAGUGAAGAAAAUGAAAGCACUGAAGAGAAGGAAACUGAAGACGAGGAUGUUGGAAAUCUACAGCUAGCUUGGGAAAUGCUGGACCUGUCUAAAAUGAUAUUCAAAAGGCAGAAAUCAAGAGAAGCUCAGCUUAAGGCUGCUCAAGCACAUCUAAAACUAGGAGAAGUUAGCACUGAGUCAGAGAACUAUGCUCAGGCUGUUGAAGACUUCUUAGCCUGUCUCGAUAUACAGAAGGAGCACUUGGAAGAACAUGAUCGUCUUCUUGCAGAGACUCAUUAUCAUCUAGGCUUGGCUUAUCAGUACAGCAGUAAACAUGAAGAAGCAAUUUCUCACUUUACGCAGUCUGUGGGAGUGAUUGAAAAAAGAAUGGAUGUGCUCACAAAACAAUUGGAAGCAUUACUAGAUGAGACCGCUGAAGAAGUCAAGAAGGAAAUGGAUGAAUUGAAAGAUUUGCUUCCUGAUAUCAAAGAGAAAAUAGAAGAUUCAAAAGAAGCUCAGAAAAACGCAACCGUUGCCAAGAUAGCACUUAAAGAGACUUUGGUUGGAGGAUCUUCUGGCUUCUCCCAAGAAAAUGUAAGUACUUCAUCUUCUACUGCUGUAGAGAAAAGUGGUGACAGUACUGUACCAGUCACAAAUUGUGUAUCAGACAUUUCUCACCUUAUCCGAAAAAAGAGGAAACCUGGAGAGGAGAGUCCCCUUAAAGACAAAGAUGCAAAGAAACCUAAGCAGGAACCAGUUGCAAAUGGAGCAGGGAAUGGAGAUGCAGUAGUACCAACAAAUGAAGAGGUAGAGAAGGCUGAAGAGGUUUCCAUGGAGACUGCUACUGUAGAAUCUACUGCAUGACUCUCGGAAACAUAACACUUUUUGUAUAUAAAUGUGUGUGGGGUGGGUUGUUCUCCCCACUUUGUUGGGAUUGUCUUUUUGUAAAACUAAUAAAGAUUAAAGCUGAAUUUAAA